GUCAACAAAACUCCUUAAAUUUUCUUUUUAAACAUGUUUAAUAAAUAAAAACUAAAACUAAACAAUGACGCUCUAUAUUGAGAAUCCUGUAAGUUUUCCUGAGAGCGGUUCAAUCUCUGUGAACGCUGUUUGGCACAAAAAUAUACCGCUCCUUGCUGCUGCCAGUUUUUCUCAAGACAAAGGCGGUUUUGUUAUAAUAUUUGACGAAAUUGGAGAGUCUCUAAAAGAUGUUAAUUGUCCAGUCCAUCGGAGUUAUCAAGUAACAGCACUAUCCUGGCAUCCAGAAAGAACAAUUCUUGUCAGCGGCUGGGAAAACGGCGAUCUUAGAGUCUGGAAUGGAUCAGACAAAGAUUUUAUUAACGUUGUUGGAUUACAUAAAGCUCCAAUAACUUUACUCGAUUUCAGUGAAAAGGGUGGAAGACUGGUAUCAUGUGAUUCUACAGGUUCUGUAGUUGGUUGGAAAGUUGAUAGUCAUGGUGAAACAAAUAUGGUGUUUCAUUUAGACUUAAAAGAGUCUAUUACGCACCUCACAUUUCGGUUGACAGUUAAAUCUCACAUGGACUAUGACGUGGAGGGAUUAGCAAAAGCGGCAGUGGAUGGAGAUGAAAGAGCCUUAGAUUUGUUUAGCAGUUGGAGACCCAAAACAACAGCUAGAAAGUUCAGAAUUCAAGAUGGUUCUGAUAAUUUAUCAUUUUUUAUUGCCACACAAGUGGGAUCUGUAUAUUAUGUAAAUGCCAGUGGUUCAUGUUCUGAAGUAUUAAACACCGAAGGGACAUCUCUAUCUUAUGUAGUGUAUCACCCGACUAAAGAUGCCAUUGUAGUGAUGAUGGAAGGUCUAACAGUGGGUUAUUUUUCUGUGGAUAAACAAGGGCAUUUAGUGGAAAUGGCGAAGGUUAAACUCAGUGGGCGUGUCCAGAGUAGGACGGUUGGUAGUCAGGGAUUAGCAUGGGCGGGAAAUUCAAGUUUAGCGAUUUUAACAGGUGAUCUUACUGUGCGCAUUUGGGAUCUAGACACAAACGACAAUUACGUUCUACCAACUACAAUGAAAAUGUAUAUAAGCGAUGAAAAACCGUCGUCUGUGAGCGAAGUUUUCACUUGUGUGGCUUACUGUAGACUGAAUCAAACUCUAUGUGCAGGGACUAACAUAGGUAGAAUAUACUUUUGGGUAAAAAAUCCAACCACAGAGGCAGAAAGCCUAGAAGAUGCCUGGGAACUGAACAACAUCAACACCAUAAGCGGUACCAUCAAGCAACUAGGUUGGGGAACGAUGAUCACCAGACUGCCCAUUUUGAGCGUGAACUGCGUGACGUACAUCUACAUAAUGAAGGAGCAAAACGUUUGCAGUACUUUUUGCGAGAAGAUAUGGGCCACGCAAAAAACGGCCAACGAAAUCUGGAUAGAAACUGGAAAGAGUAACCAUUUGUUGGAGUUGGAGUUUCAAGUGAGCGAUAUGGCGAUAUCUGAGUCUUUUAUUGGAUUUUCUAAUGGACGAACUGUGUAUGUGUAUAAUAUUGUAUGGAAAUCUGAACAAUCAGUAGAUGACGAGAACUUCUGCGAAUUUACUGUGACAUACAACACUUCAUUUCCUUGCGAAAACGAAGGUAUCAUUAUUCACCAAAAAACUAUAAUAGCCAUCAACUCCCAGAACGUAACGCUGUAUAAUUCGACUGGGCAUAUUAUUUCGCAAAUAACGUCAAAUCUGAAUGAAGGUGAAGCUAUAGGUAUGGACGUUACCCAUCAUUACCUUACCAUUUUCACAAUGGAAGGAUUUUUGAAAAUAUAUGAUCUAUCUGAAAGUCAGGCGAAGUUACUGACUAGGGUGAAGAAUUUGUAUGACAUGGUGGAAGAUUUCGGAGAAAUAAUUCAAGCCAAGACGAACUCAAAAGGCAACAAAGUAGCCAUGACUCUCGCCGCAGCCAACCUAGUACCGGACGGAAAGCUGUACAUAUGGGACAUCGAAAGGGACGAUUUGAUAUUCUACGAUUUUCGAAAAUACGAAGAUCUUGAAAAAUCGACAAUGGAUAAAUAUUUUGAAACUGAAGGGGAAAAAGACGCGAAGAAAGAGGACAACGAUUCGUCUACCGAUUUCGAUGAAGUUUGUAAAAACCGAAUUCCCUUGUCACUUCAUUGGUGCGAAGAUGACUCCAGGUUGCUUGUGUGUAACGCGAAGAAAAUUAAAGUUCCUGGCACUAAAAAGAAUCAGUCUACAAGAAAAAGAAGUGAAUCUAAAACUUUAAAGGACGAAGAUCAGGUUAUCGUCACCAUGUUUGUUCUGCCAGAAAACGGUAUACAAAUCCACGACUUGAAAUCCGUGGAACCCGAUACUAGAUUAUUGGGUGUUUCUAUACCCUAUAUCGUUACUUUACAGAAAUUGAGUAUUGUAAGAGAUGUGAUGAGCGAUUUUAAUGGGCUGGAAGAGUGCGACAAGAACACUAAAGAGGCAGUUAUCGAUUUCAGCUAUAAUUUGAGCUUGGGUAAUAUGGAUGCUGCUUUCAAAUCAAUCAAAUUAGUGCAAAGUCAAGGGGUUUGGGCCAGUUUGGCAAGGAUGUGCGUUAAAACUAGACGUUUGGACGUGGCUAGCGUUUGUUUGGGUCAUAUGGGUGACGCUAAAGCGGCUAGGGCUCUAAGAUUAGCGAUAAAUGACAAUACGUUGCCUCAAGAAGCCAAAGUUGCUGUGUUAGCCAUACAUUUGGGAUUGCUGGACGAGGCUGAACAAUUGUAUUCCAAAUGCGGACGAUACGAUCUGCUUAAUAAACUGUUUCGUUGCAGAAAUAAAAUGGAAGACGCACAUACUUUAGCCAAAACCAAAGACAGGAUUAAUUUAAGGAAUACCGAAUAUUGUUGGGCUAAAUCGCUAGAAAAGGCUGGCGAUUUUAAAGAGGCAGCAAUGAGAUAUGAGAAAGCCGGUACACAUCGGUAUGACAUUCCGAGGAUGCUUAGCGACCAUCCUCAACAGCUACAAUCGUACAUGUCAAAAAGUAAAGACAAGGAAAUGUUAAAAUGGUGGGGCCAAUUCGUCGAGUCCCAAGGUGACAUGAAUGCCGCGUUGAAAAUAUAUGCCAACGUUGGCGACGUGUACUCCCAAGUCCGAGUUUAUUGUUUCCUAGGAGAUGAAACUAAAGCUGUCGAACUAGCCAAGGCCAAUUCGGACAAGGCUGCUUUCUAUCAUAUGGCUAGGUUCUACGAGACGCUGGGCAACGCAGAAGACGCUGUAAAUUUCUAUACCAAGGCUACCGCGUACGCCAAUGCGGUGAGGUUAGCAAAGGAGAACCAUCUGUCUAAGGAGUUAUGGAAUUUAGGCCUGGUAGUAAGCAAUCGAGAAAAAAUCGAAAUAGCCAAAUACUUCGAGGAGCAAAAUAACUUGGAAAAUGCGGUUAUUCUGUAUCACAGGGGCGGAAUGUUGCAUAAAGCGCUAGAUUUGAGUUUUAAAACGCGUCAGUUCGAUAUCCUGCAAGAAAUUGCUACUCAGUUGGACGCUGAUUCGGAUCCAGCUAUUAUAGAAAAAUGCGUACAGUAUUUUGUCAGCAACGAACAGUUUGAUAAAGCUGUGGAUCUACUAGCUAUAGCUAAAAAGUACAGGGAAGCUAUACAACUGUGUAUAAACCACAACGUUCAGUUAACGGAAGAUUUAACUGAAAAAUUAACGCCAGAAAAGGACUGUAUAGAUGAAGAGUUACGCGUAAGCGUGUUGAAAACUUUAGCGGAAAGUCUUAUGCUACAGGGAGAUUACCAUUUGGCCACUAAGAAAUUUACACAGUCUGGAGAUAAGAUACAAGCGAUGAAGGCCUUGUUAAAAUCGGGAGACACGGAGAAAAUAAUAUUUUUCGCUGGUAUAUCGAGACAAAAAGAGAUUUAUAUAAUGGCGGCGAACUAUUUGCAAUCUCUCGAUUGGCAAAACCAACCGGAAAUCUUACGCAACAUUAUAACGUUUUAUUCCAAAGGAAAAGCGCAAGAUCUGUUGGCGAAUUUUUAUGUUGCCUGUGCACAGGUUGAAAUUGACGAAUUUCAAAACUACGAGAAAGCUUUUGGUGCUCUCACCGAAGCAUCUAGGUGUUUGCAAAAGAUAACAAGCUCAAAAGAACCGGCCCAUAUACAGAGAGCAAUGGAGAUAGUGCAACAGAGACUCAGUAUGGUCAAGAAGAUUGUUGACAUUAAAAAGCUGUUUGAAAGAGGAGAUACCCAAGCUGGAAUGACACAAUGUCGCCAACUGUUAGUCAUGGGAGGCCAAGAACUAGAAUCCUCGAUACGUCGAGGUGACAUCUACGGUUUAAUGAUACAAAACUGCGUGAAGUUAGGCAACUACACCGAAGCCCAGCAGAUCAUAUUUGAACUGAAACAGUUCCUGUCCAGCAAAGAGAACAAAACGCCUUUAACGUAUUAUGUGAAUAAAGAAAUACUGGAAGUUCUGGCCAAAGGGCUUGAGGUGCCGCUGAGUACUUUCAUUCCUGUGGUCCCCAAAAUGUCCUCUCAAGAUAGUACAGAAGAUGUGAUAGAUGAAGUGUUGGAAAGCUAAAAAAACAUGUGGUUAAUGGUGCUUGUUAAUUUUUUACCAAAAAAAAAAAUGGAAAAAUGGUUCCUUAACCAGAUAGUUUUUAUUUUCAUCGUGUUAUCUUAUUAAACUGCACUGAAAAUGAACUUGUGCACCUUUUGGGUAACACUCUCCAUCAGAGUUAGUGAUAUUUUUGAUACACUUGUGCAAUAAUUCACACACAGUAACUAGCGUGGAAUAGCCAAUACCUAAAAUUUGACAUUGUUUAUGAAUUUAAGUAUAGAAUAUAGAAUAUAUUAUGUUUUUAGAAAGCUCAUAAAUAGGGCAAAUAAAAAUAAAAAAUAAUA